AUGGCAGAAAACAGCAAAGGUGGGAUAUUAGCGAAGGCUCAAAAACGUCUUUCUCGCACGAAAACUAAGGUUUUACAGAACUUGGGCAAAGCUGAACGAACCACAGAUGAAUCUCUCGAUGAGUGUGCUCAUCUCAUAGACAGACAGCAGGAAGUGGCACACAAGGUUCAGAAAGAUCUGCGACAUUACAUUCAGUGUGCACGGGCACUUUCCUGUGCCAGUAAAACGUUCUUCACCACUGUUUCGGAGAUCUACGAGCCCAACUGGACACAAGAAAGCACGUUCAAGCAGAGUUUAGAGAGUUUUGAUGCAUUAUGGGAAGACUACUUGGACAACCUAAACACUCGCAUUGUUACGCCAGUGAACGAGUACCUGACCUCAUUUCCAACCAUCAAGGCAAAAAUAUCGAAACGCGGCCGGAAGCUGAUGGAUUACGACAAUGCUCGGCACAACUUGGAUGUACAACAGAACGCGAAGAAGAAAGAUGAGGCAAAGAUUACUAAAGCUCAGGAGGAACUAACAGAAGCGAAGUUGAUUUAUGAUGACAUGAAUAAUCUUCUUCACCGUGAACUACCUGAGUUUUACAACAGUCGAGUCACAUUUUAUUCGAAUAUCUUCCAGAGCUUGUUUUCCUCCAAAAACACAUUUCAUGGCAACACUGCUCAGCUGGCUGACAAGUUGACGGACAUCUCGACGCAGCUGUCUAAAGAUUUCUCCCAGUUCGUGUAUCGACCCACUAGACCAGUCAGCAAGUCCUCAGACAGUGGAGAGGAAAACCCUAUUGUCAAUGGCAACCAGCAACAAGACACUCCUCCAACGCCCAAGUCUGAGAAAACGGACGAACCGAGCGUGAGCAAAGAACCGGACUCCCCUGCGAUUGUGACCAAGUCGGUUAUCAAGGAAAAUGGCGAUUAUUAUGCACCCGAGGACGUGAUUGGAGAAAAUACUCAAGGUGAUGUCUACACAAAUCAAUCUACGAUUAUUGCUCAAAAAUCGGAAACUGGUACAAUGGAAGAUGACAAGCAAGAAACGACUCAAGUCAAUGGAAUCAGUGGUGCUGCACAAACUACGGAGGAAGUCAAAGAAAAAAAUCCACUGGAUUUGCCCGACUACCCGCCACCAGCCCCACCUGGUGACGAGGAGCAGACAACUGUGGCUUCAAGGAUCGAGAGUGUGUACGAUGAACCUAAGUCAUCCCGGCUGGUUGUUGAUGAUGACGACGACGACGAUGAUGAUCAUUAUCAAAUGCCGAUGUCAAACAAACCACUCAGAGAUCUGAUACCUGAUAACUUUCUGUAUGAGGUCCAGGCCACUCACAUGUACCAGGGCGAGGACGAAGAUGAGCUGACGUUUGAGGCGGAGGAGAUCAUCUACGUGAUACCGCACGAGAACCCCGACGAGCAGGAUGAUGGUUGGGUGAUGGGAAUAAAGAAGUCAAAUGGACAGAAAGGUGUCUUUCCCGAGAACUUUACGAAGAGAGUCUGAGAAUGUCAACGAUAGUAUUUGUAACUUACACCUCUGACUUGAAGCAUUCCUUCGACUAAAUGUGAUAGAGAAGAGAUACGCAGAUAAACUGAAUGAUGAUGGCAGAACUUAUGGCAGCUGGGACUUUACUAUGGGGAUUGUUAAAAAUAACUCACAUGAUUGAGAUCAGGGCAAACUCCGUUUGUGUAGAGAAUUUCGCCAAAUUAUCUAUUAAACUUAAAUAUUUGCAGAAACCCACAAUUAUUUUCCAACCAAAUAUCAAUUAGUACAUGAAAAUAUUUUAGCAAAUUUGAAUUUACAAUAUAGGUUUAGUUCUACAGGUGGCCACAUUUCACAAUAUAAGUUUAGUUCUACAGGUGGCCACAUUUCACAAUAUACGUUUAGCUCUAUAGGUGGCCACAAUUCACAAUAUACGUAUAGUUCAACAAGUGGCCACAAUUGACAAUAAAAGUUUAGUUCUACAGGUGGCCACAAUAUAAGAACGUGACAAUUGUUAUAUUAAGUACCUAAAAUGAUGAUCUUGGUGUUUGCUGUCAUUCUGAGUUUAACAAUUCAGUUUUGUAUCAUUCUCUCAAUGUUUUUUUUUUUUUUAUGUUUGGGUAAGAUUAGUGUCUUGUUUUAUAAAAUGAUUUUUGCAUUACAAUUGUUUCCACUCUAGUCAUGAUCACAACUUUUCUUUUAAGAUCGUCCUGAAGUCACAAAAUGCUCUUUACGUUUUAAUGCAAUAGAGUUUAAUUUUCACUGUUAUAUUAUAUACUUGGGGAAGAAAGUUCCUGUGCAUGUAAUGGACAUGGUAUAUAUAUUUAACGGUAACAAAUGACAAAUCUAAUCAUUUUCAAGAAAUUAUUUAUUGGUCAUUCAAAAAUUAUGAUGUGUCAUCAUUUUUGUAAAUUUUGAACCAUUUACAAACUUUACUGUUGGUUUGCUAACAUUGUCUUUGGUGCACAGGAACUUUUUUUUAAGGAGUAUAUAUAUAUAUAUAAAGAUAAAUAAAUUAUAUCUUUAGCAACAGUUGUUAUAAGUUUAAAAAUGACCAUACAACUCUAAAAUCACUUACAGUUUAUCUGGAUCACAGUGAAAAGGUUUAUUUGGGUACAUCUGUGAUUCUUACAUAUUUUAAUUUUAAAGUUGAUUAUAAGUAACCAAUUAAUUGCAAAUGAAAUAUUUUGUGGGACUAAACACAAAAACCCUCCAUGGAAAGUUAUGCUUGGUGCAUCUACUUUGAGAUUAAUGGUUCCAAUGAAUAGAUAGGAGGGGGAAUAAUUCCUGAAAUACAGGGGAAAUUUUAAAGUUGAUGAACAAUAAAAAUAAUAGAAAAAUAAUCUCUUAAAUACAAGAAAAAUGUAAUCGAUGAAUAUAAUUGUAUUUUAACUAUACUAUGUUGUAUCUUUUAUACCAUUUCCAUUAAGCAUAUUAUAAAGUUUUGUACAUUCAUGAUAAAAAGUAUUGCAUAUUGCAUAUCGUUAAAUAGUUUUUAAGCACAAUAUUUUAUUUGACAAAUAUGUUUUAUUUAUAAAGGGAUGUUCAUACUUUAAUAUUACUAACCAAUAAUUUUGUUCAUGUUAUAACUAAACUUUUAUUAUGUUAUGGAUAUCAUGACAGUAUGAUACGAGAAAUGUAGUAAACUACUUGGUAGAUGUUUGUCAUAUUAAUGCAGCUUAAUAUAUCCAUUAAAAGUUAUGUGCACCGCAAAGUUUGAACUGACAAGAUAUUAUCUGGCAUAGUGCUCCCAACACUAGUUACAGUAACUUGUGGUUUCCAUUAGAAAUAUGUUACAAAAUUAAGAGUCAAGACUGCAUGUUUAAAUUCAUUUAAUGCUCAUUUUUAGCCUAUAUUAAUAACAUUUUAUAAGAUGGAUUUUUAAAUGGAUUUUUUUAAUAUCUAACACAGUUUAGGCAUUGGAUUUCUGUUUUACUCAUGUGUCUAUUAAUACCGAGUUAUUGCUCUUUGUUCAUUGUCUGCCAUGAUUAACCAAACACUUUUGUUUAUUAUCUGUCAUUUUAAACCAAAUACUUCAGUGUCUUGUCGAAAAUGUCUUGGCAUUUGUUGAACAUGAUCUGUGAAGUGUACUUAAUGUGUUAAUGUGUGUUUUUUCCAUGAAGCGAUUGUAAUGUUAUGAAAGGUUUGGGGUUUUUUAUGGGGGUUUUCUUUGUCUUUCCUUUAUGAAGUAAAAAGGCGAGAUAUAGGUUUUACAUUUUCAUGAUGGCGACAGAGUCAACUUUUGAGUUACAAGUUUAACAUUAAUAUUUCAAAUUUAGAUCAGUUUCCAGGGCUUCUAGAAUUUUUAUAAAAUCCACUAGCCAUGGGAUCAGUGAUUUAAAACUAAAAAUUCACUAGCCCUACUUUACUUUAGGUUA